UCUUAUUAUUAAUUUGGUCUACUUUGGGUGAAAAAUUCUUUGUUACACCUAAGCUUAUUUAAUUUGUGUUAUUAUAUAUAUAUAUAUUUAUAUAUAUAUAUAUAUAUUUAUAUACUUUUGAUAUCUAAUUGAACUGAAUCAUCAUGAAAAAGGCUCUGUGGAACAAGCUCAAAUCUCCGUUUACAAAUACAGGUGGGAGAUCAUCGAUAUCACGGGUAGAGAGUAGUAAUGUGAAUAAUAUUAAUAAUAAUAUCAACAGGUUAAGUGUUAAUGAGGAGUACACCAACGCUUUCCGAACAAGUUCUUAUGAAGAAAUACGGGGAAGAUUAAAAACGUCAAACACUAAUACUUCAUUAUCAUCAUCAACAUCCUCCUCUUCUCCAUUUUAUUUGGAUAAUCUAUCUGAGUAUUUAUUAGAACCAAGGCCGGAAAUACUAAAGAAGAUGAUGGAGAGCUUGAAAUUUCACCACCUUUUGAUUGAAUACUUCGACGCAAGCUUACAAGCAUGUCAAACAUGCGAAUUGCUUCUAAGAACAAUUCAUCAAACUCGUUUGGAUUAUCGGAAAAUCAAAAAGGUGAUUAAGAUGAGCAAAAGGGUAUUACUACUAACAAUCCAUGAUUAUGAUUAUGAUCAUGAUCAUCACGGCCAACAUUAUUGUCGAGCCAUAUUCAGAGAGCUCGCUUCGAUUGCAUUGCUUAGAAACCAUUUGACAAUUAUAAGCCCUCUUCAAUAUCGUGAGAUUCGGGAAAGUUACAUGGUUUUGCUCCGUAAACUAACGUCCAAACACAAGAAGAUCAAAAGGAGAGAAAAGGUCAUUAAGAUUUGCAAGAAAGUUGGAGGAGUUGGCCUUGUGAUAUCCCAUACUUUGCUCUUGGUUGCCUUGUUAGUAUUUGCAUUACAUGGCAUAUUUGGUCUUGUGGCUGUUCCUGCUGCAAUGGGGUGCUCUUCAAUUCAAUUGGGUAAGAAGAGAAAGUUGGAUUCAAGGGUGACCGGAGGUGGGGUUGGUGAGCAGCUUGAUGUGGCUGCAAAAGGGGUUUUUAUAUUGAUCAAUGAUUUUGAUACGAUGAGUCAGAUGGUGAGAAGGUUACAAAAUGAGGUGGAGCACAAGAAAUCUGUGGCUGAUAUAUGCGUGAGGAGUAACAAGUUUGAGCUUUUGAAGGAGGUUGUCAAGGAGUUUCAAGCUCAGGAUUCUAGCUUUUUGGAGCAACUAGAAGAGCUUGAACACCACAUAUACCUUUGUUUACUAACCAUAAACCGGUCCAGAAGGCUAGUAAUUCAAGAAAUUAUAGCUAGUCAAUAAUGAAUGAGACAAGCUGAAUGAAUGGACUUAUUAGGCCUCUUUGAUUUCAUGUCCUGUACGGUAAAACUGUCCAAAUAAGUCUUACGAUUGAUUUCUUAUUUUUUAUUGUUUUAAUGACAUGAGUAUAUGAUAGAAGUUAUUUCACUACAAUCUACUAUUUAUACAACAUUUUCUCGAUACUC